AUGAACUUCGCAUUAACUCCGCGAAAAAUCCCGUACGAAGAAAUUAUCUGCAGUGCUGAGGAUUGUCUGUUUAAGAAUAAUAUCGGUAAGGAAGAUUUGGAGGCCAUACGUCAAGAUAUUUCGUCCUUGUUACGUCGUUGUUCAAAGCCGAAACUAAACCUUCCCAAAGACGAAUUUACAGCGCUAAAUAACUUACGGAACAGACCAGAACUCACGAUUCUCCGCGCGGAUAAAGGAGAUGCUACAGUAGUAAUGGACGCGUCGGAAUAUAAUUUUAAAAUACAACUACUUUUAUCGGACGAAAGUACAUAUAAAAAGGUCAAAACAGACCCUACAACUAACACGCUUAAAACAACUAGCGAUUUAAUAAAGAAAUACUCCGAAAAAUAA